AUGCAUGCCGACCCGUACCUUCCAGCAGAUGGAGGCGAGAGCCCGAGGGCCAUGCGCGGCCACUACAUGACUGAGACGGAGAAGAAGCUCCACGACAACGUUGCGGGCCAGGCGGAGCAGGAGCGCAUCACGUGCGCGUUCAAGAAGACGGACUUCAGCGGGAUCAGGAGCCUGCCCAACGCACUCAAGCCAGGGUUUCGAGACGCCAUGCGGGAGGUGGUGGCGAAGAAGGUGACGACGCGCCGCGAAGACCUCAACAGGGAGCGCUCCCUGAUGCGGGCGGGGGACCGGCACAAGAACCGGCUGCGGAGAUCGGUCACGCAAACGGUGUGGAAGAAGGAGAACCAGGACUGCGGCAUGCGUCCGGCCCACGCGUUCGCCACGAUCCCGCGCUUCUUCAGCGUCUACGAGUACAUCCCGGAGGGGUACGGCGGGUCGCACGCGGACCGCAUGCGCGACCUGGAGCGGGACAUCAAGAGGAGGGAGCGCGCGAAGUGGAUCGUCGACGACGACUUCGUGGUGCGCGCGCCGCAGGGCGAGCUCCCGCCGUCGUCGGCGCACGCGAACGUCCUGUACGGGUCCUACGGGCUGGACAAGAUCCAGGUGGGCGGCGUGGACCCGGACGCCGGGGAGCAGCCGCCGAUGCGGAGCGGCGCGCGCCUGAGCACGAAGACCAAGGCGCUCGGGCUCGCGGGGGAGCACCUGUCCCGCAUGGCCGCGGACUUCGCGCGCGAGACGGCGUCGUUCCGCGACGUGUCGAUGGACGUGCACGGGCUCAUCGUCGCGCGGUUCAGCCGGGCGGCGCUGGACGAGGAGGAGGCGGCGCAGGACCGGGCCGCGGAGGCGCGCGAGGGGCGCGCGGGCGCGCACGCGGAGCUGGGGAAGUACAUGCGGUGGUACCUGCACAACAGCCGGGCCGGGCAGGAGCUCAACCUGCGCAAGGAGGUGGCGGUGUGGGGCGCGACGGUGACGGCGAUGGACGAGGUGUGGUACGUCUUCCGCGGGCCGUGGGUGACCACGCGCCCGCAGACGCGCGAGGCGACGCUGACGCGGAAGAGCGGACGAAUGGACACGGGGAAGAGCGGGGUGUCGGUGGCGGGAUCGGCGGACCUCAACACCUCGUCGCUGCCGACGUUCCGGCAACCGUUCGUGAUGCCGGAGAACUUCCACCUGUCGCGGCCGUCGCAAGUGACGUUCAACACGGGCCUGAGGUGA